GGUAAACUCAACUACGUUUGUUUCCCGCCAAAGAACAAAAGUUCAAUGAACGAUUCCCGCUUUGUUCCUUUUCCGCUCUCCCAUACAUACAUUACAAAGAUAUCAUGAGAGCGCACUGGUGAUACUGACUCUCAAACUACGCAAACGCAAAGGAUUUCUCUUAAAUCAUUCAAAGGAUCGGCCAUGGACACGUCAAAUCCUGCUGCAUUUGUAAAUGCCCAGUUGCUGCCCAAUUUCAUAGGAAAGAAAGUGCGAGCAGUGGUUCAGGUGAAUGAAUCUGAUGGUGAGGUAACCACAGCAAAAUCCACGGAUGACAAUCAGCUAACCAUAAAAGGGUUACCACAAGUCCCUCUUAUGAACUAUGUUGAGGUCAUUGGUAUUGCUGAAAGUAACCAGUCUAUUCAUGCUGAAAUAUGGACCGACUUUGGCAACUCAUUUGAUACCAACUCUUACAAUCAGUUAUGCCAACUAGCAAAUGGUGAAUUCAAAAGUCUGUUUCUCUAAGGACAUUGAUGAAUGCUGGGUCAGCGAUUGUAUGGUGUGGAGCUGCAGCUUUCAUGCUGAAGCACCUGUUUACUGCUUAGCAUUUAGGAUGUAAAUGUGGGGACUAUGUUUAGAGUACGUUUAUUCCCUAAGGAGCAGAAGUGUGCUCUGUAGAAACUGUUUCAUGUUUUUGAAAUCCUCUUAACUUAUUUCUAUGUUAUGUCUAGUUUGCUUUAUAUAUAUGCCAACGACAAA